GGAGGGGCUAGGCCUGGGAAGUCCUCUGUCACCCUGGAAGACAGGUCCAACCAGUGUGAGCGCUUCUUCUCGGGACAUGGGUGGAGACUCGGAGCCUGGGAAACUGUGGAAGGAGAUGCUGGGGCUCUGGGACCUCGCAGCCUGACUGUGUCCUGAGGCUGCCUCCGGAUGCCCAACUGAACUUCAAGCUCCAGAGAGCCAGCCUGUGGCUCUCAGUGACUUUGACCUCUCUACAGGAAGCAAGAUGGAAAUUGGUACCCGGACCCCAGGCAGCUUCUCAAAGGGCUUCCUGUUCUCAGCCUUGAUCCUGUCUCUCUGGCUGCCCCAAGGCUCCCAGGCAGCCCUCCACAUCCUAAAGACCCCAGAGACGCCCCAAAAGAACCAGGACCUUCUCCUGUCCAUUCAUGGUGUCCCUGGUACCAUCCAGGACUUUAUCUGGUACCUGGGGGAGGAGACUAAUGGAGGCACAAGGCUGUUCUCUUACAUCCCUGGACUACAGCGGCCCCAGAGGGAUGGCUACGCCAUGGGACAGCGAGACAUUGUUGGCUUCCCCAAUGGUUCCAUGUUGCUCCGAGGUGCCCAGCCUUCAGACAAUGGCACCUACCAAGUGGCUGUCACCGUCAACCCUGCCUGGACAUUGAAGGCCAAGACUGAGGUCCAGGUGGCUGACACACGCGAAUACUCACUCACAUCCCACCUGCCUGUCAAUGCUGGGAUCAUGGCUGCUACCAUCAUUGGGAGUCUUGCUGUGGGCUCACUGCUUGUAAGUGGCAUUGCCUACAUCCUGGUCACUCGAAGACGGAAGGGCAGGAGCCCCAGGGUUGCAGCUACAGAGCAGCCGGAACUGAACACUAUUCCUGAGUCUGGUGACAGCAACGUCUAUGAAGUGAUGCCAUCUCCAGUCUUCCUGGUGUCCCCCAUCAGAGACAAAGGGCCAGUGAACGCAGCCAUGAGCCGGCCUCCACUCCCUUCCCAGCAACCGCAGCCUGAGAACCAGUACUACCAGGACCUGCUGAACCCCGACCCAGCCCCAUACUGCCAGCUGGUGCCAACAUCCUGACGGGCUCGGGGCCAGGCCUGCCCAGAAGACAGAACUCUGCCUUUCCCUGACCGCAGCCCUCAGGGCCUCACACCUGAGGAAAAGACACGCGUGACACCCACAGGCCAAAGCUGUGGGAGCUGGUAAGAUAAGCUCGCCAGAGACCCAGUAUUGCAAGGGGCACGUGCCCCACGGCGUGGGAGACUGACAGCCCCAGCUCCCCGGAGUCCCAAGAGGUUGUGCCUCUUGCCAUCCUGCGGCCACCUGCCCGAGAAAGCAGGCUCCUGCUUCGCCAGGGCCAGGGUCCACAUUCAUGGAAGAAGGCUUCAAAAUCCCAUGGUGGCUCAACCAGUUACCUGAAGUCCUUUUCUUGGGGAGAAAACACUACCAGGAAGACGCUGGACCUGUGGGUGGCAACCCAUGGUGGGAUGAGGGGGGCACCCUUUCACAGGGAGUCACCAGAGCAAAAGCAGCUGACCUAAGAAGAUAGCCCUGGCAAGUUGCCAGACCUCAAAAUCAGCCACCCAGAAGACUGGGACACCUGCCUAGAACCCGCCAGUGAGGGGCUGGGGGCGUGGCUCGGCAGGUAGAGUGCUUGUCAAUCAUGCGUGAAAGACCUGGGCUCAAUCCUCCAAACCACAGGAUUAAAAAAAAAUCAAAAUCGGGGCUGGAGAGAUGGAUUAGAGGUUAAGAGCACUGACUGUUCUUCCGGAGGACCUGAGUUCAAUUCCCAGCAACCACAUGGUGGCUCACAACCACCUAUAAUGGAACCUGGUGCCCUCUUCUGGCCUGCAGGGACACAUACAGGCAGAACACGGUAUACAUAAUUAAAUAAGUCUUAAAACAAAAUCAGAAAUCAAUAGCCAUUGGGAGAGAUGGCGAGCCCUGCGCUAGGGAAUGGGAGAAGGAAGACUCUAGAAGCUUGAAAGCUCAAGAAAUCACACUCCACCCACCUUGCGCCCCAGCCUCCAGAGGCACCCAGCCCUGUGGCCUCUGGGACCAAAAAACAGUGACAACCACU